AUGGCUCAUCUAGUGUCCCAUCUAAAGGCAUCUGGCUCACAUAGUCUUCCCUUCUACCGGGCAGCAAGAGAUGGAGUGAAGGAUCCGAGGUCUGCCUCGGUAGAGAUCCUAGAAGACGGAGACUUGAUCACUUUCUGGGAGGCAGAGGGAACGCUGAUGGAAGGAGAGCUCUAUCGAGGAUGGGUGUCUAAUAUUCGACUUGUGGGACAGAAUUGGAGAGACAAACAUGACAUUUAUAUGGUCAACAUUGCGCUGGAUCCGAAGAGUCAGUUUAAACUCAAGGCUGCAGUUUUAACAGCUAGGUAUGAGCAUACAGCACAAUACAUGGAUACUAGGGAGCUGAAGAUACAACCUCCAGAGUUGAAGUGA